GACCCAGGGAAGGAGGAGUAGAACAUAAAAGAAAUACCACCAAAUAUGUCAGAACAGACGGUGCAACACAAGGUCCAAAAUUUGGUUUUGGAUGCUGGUCCAUUGAUCACACAACCUGCAUCUCAGCUCCAACAACUUGCAGACUGUUUUUUCACCACUCCAGGUGUCUACAAUGAGUUGAAAGAUGAGGCGGUGAGAAACCAACUCAUUGUCUGGGGUGAAACUUUGAAAGUGAGACAUCCAAAGAAAGCGUCCAUCGAAGCAGUGGUUCAUUUUGCAAAGCUCACUGGUGAUUCCACAGUUUUGUCGCAAAAUGAUUUACACAUUAUUGCAUUAGCCUAUGAAAUAGAGGUCGAGUCUAACAAUGGUGUGUGUAGACUUAGGAAGUUCCCAGGAGAAGUGAGGGAAGAAGACAGACAGUUUAUCGAGGAAUCGAAAAGAAAGAGAGAACAAAAAUGGAGAGAAUCACAACUAGCAAAUCAAUCGAUUGCCGUUCAAGAGGAGGAAGACAAGGAAGAAAGCUCUGGUAAGAAGUUUGAUUCUGAUGGCUUUGAGAUCGUCGUCAGGAAAUCGAAAAAAGGAAGAAGGCCCGCAAAACAGCAACAGGAAGAGGUUGCUCAAAGCGAAUCCGUGGUUCUAGAAGCUGCCAAGGACGAAAUUAACGAACCAGCUAACGAGGAAGCCAACGAAGAAAAGUUGAACGCAGAAUAUGACGAGGACGACGAUUGUGGUGAUUGGAUUACCCCUGAAAACAUAGCCGCUACAAUUGCGAAGGAAGAAAACUCAGAUGAAGUGGAAGCGGAGGCUGACAACCUAACUGAAACACAAAGCCCAUGUGCUUUAGCAAGUGGAGAUUUUGCCGUACAGAAUGUUGCUUUACAGCUGGGAAUGAACUUGAUGAAUACCAUGUCCGGAUUACAGAUAAGAAGAUUGAGAAAUUACAUGUUGCGUUGCCACGCCUGCUUUAUGCUAGUUCCAAUUCCAAAGGAUACGACGCCAAAACAUUUCUGUCCCUCAUGUGGCGGUGCCACACUUCGUCGUAUUGCGGUAUCUGUGAAUUCAGAAACUGGUAAGAUCACUCCUCAUCUAAAGAAAAAUUUUCAAUGGCGUACGAGAGGUAACGUUUUCUCAAUGCCCUCUCCUUUAUCAAAGAACACGUCUAAAAAAUAUGGUAACAAAGGUUACCAGCAUCGUGGAAACGACAAAAUCGACACGGGAUUUUUCAGUGAAGAUCAGCGUGAAUACCAACAGGCAAUCAAGAAUGCCAAGUGGCAACAACGUCAAAACGAAAAGGCACUCGAAGAUUUUAUCGGGGGUGGAUCUGCAGAUAACUGCAUAUCUCCAUUCUUCACCGGUGCAGAUGUGAAGCAAGUUCAUGUUAAGGUAGGGAAAGGCAGGUUUGCCAACCAAAGCCGAAAGAAGCACUAGCGAUCUAGAGGACAUAUAUUUACCGUGUAAUAUAUCUUGAGUAAUAUUUAGGACAUAAUUUUGUCCGAAAACUAAACGUGAGCGAGUAGAUUAUGUCAG